AUGCAAAAGAUUUCGGAAUCUGAGCUCAAGAAGAGGAAAAAAAAUGCUGAGGAUGAAGAGUUUCCCACCAAGGUGGAGAUCCCAACUGCGAAUGGACCCAAGUACCUUGCCGUAGUGUUUACUAUGGAGAGGUACUUCCGCGAUUCCCCCAACUCCCUGGCUUUGUUGGGCCCCGGUUCCACUCCCACCAAUUCCAACCACUGA